CAAAUUCCUCAGCUAGCUCUCUCUCUUUCUCUCUCUCUCUCACUCACUCCACUACGGGUCAUCGUGUACAGGGGGUGGGGAAGAGCCUUGGCCUCUUCACCACAAGAACACUCAUAAGCCCCCUUUCAACAGCACUAAGAAGGGGAAGGGGGUGGGACCCCCAAUAGCACCCCAAACCCCUCUCCAGCCUGCAAUUUUUUGCUCUGUACUUUGAAAAGGUCUCUCUGUCUCUCACUGUUUGUGUCUCUCUGUUUCUCUCUCUCUCCUUUUCUUCCUUUUCUCUUCCCCCUUUCCCUCUCCCCUGUUCUUUUUCUGUCCCUUCUCCCCCAAAUCAUGUCCACUGGCUCCCUUAGUGAUGUGGAAGAUCUUCAGGAGGUGGAAAUGUUGGAAUGCGACAGCCUGAAAAUGGAUUCUAACAAGGAAUUUGGGACUUCAAAUGAAAGCAAUGAAGAGAGUUCUAAUUGCGAACAUGGGUCUCCCCAAAAAGGCAGGGGUAGCUCUGGCAAGAGGAGAAAAGCACCCACCAAGAAGAACCCUCUGAAUGGAGUCAGCCAGGAGGGGAAACAAGUUCAACGAAAUGCAGCCAAUGCCAGGGAGCGGGCCAGGAUGCGGGUCCUUAGCAAGGCUUUCUCCAGGCUCAAGACGACCUUGCCCUGGGUCCCUCCGGACACCAAGCUCUCCAAACUGGACACUCUAAGAUUGGCGUCCAGUUAUAUUGCUCACCUGAGGCAGAUCCUGGCCAAUGACAAGUACGAAAAUGGUUACAUCCAUCCUGUCAAUCUGACUUGGCCCUUUAUGGUGGCUGGAAAACCAGAGAGUGACCUGAAAGAAGUGGUCAACGCAACCCGCUUGUGUGGAACAACAGCAUCCUGACCAAGGAGAUGCAACCCUGGAAAGACUUUCUACUGGAGGGAUCUGGGGGGCAGGAAAGCCCUCCAUGCUCUCCUUCCUCCUUCCCUCUUCUUUCCCCUUCCCCCCACUACCCGUCCCUUCUCCUAAGGAACACUUUAUAGCGACGAGGAGAUUCAUUUCCAGACCAAAGAGGAGACCAAAUGUACAUUUAAAUUUUCCCAUCUAUUUAACUUUAUAAACAUGUACAAUGAAUGAGUGACUCUCCAAGCCUUGCUGGUUCAAGUGCAAUAUAUAAAUAUGAAUAUAUAAAUAUAUAAUGAAACCUGUCAUGUGUAUCUUUUGUACAAUAUGUUGUGAGAAUGUAGAUGAUAGAAUAGCUGACUUUGAUAGUCAUAUCUAUAAAGUAAUUCACUUUAAAAGAUAUAUUUUUUCUUCAGAAUGAUUUUGCUACUUCUGUGAAUAAAUCUUUCUUUAUAUUGAAAAAGAAGAA